CCCGUCCCCUCCCCUCGCCGCACAUGCGCAGUGCUUGAAGCGGGCCGAGCCUGCUCCCUCCUUCGCCUUUCUCGCUCCGGCUCCCUCCCUCCUUCCUUCCUGGCGGCCGGGGCGCCACUGACACGGCCGGGGCGGAAAAGCCAGGCAUUAUCGCCGCCGCGAGGAGGAGAAAGACGAGGAAGGACAGCACCACCACCAUUAUCAUCACCACUGCCACCGCCUUCGACGAAGCGCCGCUGCCGCCUUUGCUCCACCCCUCCUCCAUCUUCUUUCUCCAUACAAGCCGGUAAAAGAGAGCGGGGAGGGGGCCAAGACCCCUCCUCUGCCGGGCGAAGCCGCCGCUGCUCCUCACCUCGCGGGAGGGGCCGAAACCGCCACUCCGCCACACACGCAGCCCGCCGGUGGAUGGGAGCGGCCUCGCAGGCGGCGGUAGCAGCAGCGGCUCCUCGGAUGGAAUGACUCUUCAUUGUUGAAUGCAUCCUGCCUAUUUACUAGUGUUUACCUGUGGCACUGCCUUGUCUUUUGGGUUGAAGCCACUUUGUGGCAGACUAAAUUGUGCAUCACAGAAUUUCAAAGGAGCUUGACGCAGAGGAGACAGCUGGAUCGCAUUAGCCAGACAUCACACCCACAAUGGUGCUGUCACAAAGGCAACGAGAUGAGCUAAAUCGAGCGAUAGCAGAUUAUCUUCGUUCUAACGGCUAUGAAGAGGCAUACUCUGUUUUUAAAAAGGAGGCAGAGCUUGAUGUGAAUGAAGAAUUAGAUAAGAAAUAUGCUGGGCUCUUGGAAAAAAAAUGGACAUCAGUUAUAAGAUUACAAAAGAAAGUUAUGGAAUUAGAAUCCAAAUUAAAUGAAGCUAAAGAAGAAUUUACAUCAGGUGGGCCUCUUGGUCAGAAGCGAGAUCCUAAAGAAUGGAUUCCCCGUCCUCCAGAAAAGUACGCAUUAAGUGGGCACAGAAGUCCAGUCACAAGAGUAAUUUUCCAUCCAGUUUUCAGUGUUAUGGUCUCUGCUUCAGAGGAUGCUACAAUAAAGGUAUGGGAUUAUGAGACAGGUGAUUUUGAACGCACCCUGAAAGGCCACACAGAUUCUGUGCAGGAUAUUUCCUUCGACCAUAGUGGCAAGCUAUUGGCCUCUUGUUCUGCAGAUAUGACCAUUAAGUUAUGGGAUUUCCAAGGCUUUGAGUGCAUCAGAACCAUGCAUGGACAUGAUCAUAAUGUUUCUUCAGUAGCCAUCAUGCCCAAUGGGGAUUAUAUAGUAUCUGCUUCAAGGGAUAAAACCAUCAAAAUGUGGGAAAUUCAAACAGGCUACUGUGUGAAGACUUUCAAUGGACAUCGAGAAUGGGUCCGCAUGGUACGGCCUAACCAGGAUGGCACGCUGAUUGCCAGCUGUUCUAAUGACCAGACCGUGCGUGUCUGGGUGGUAGCAACAAAGGAGUGCAAAGCUGAACUUAGAGAACAUGAGCAUGUAGUAGAGUGUAUUUCCUGGGCUCCCGAGAGCUCUUAUUCCACCAUAUUGGAAGCUACAGGAUCUGAGACUAAGAAGAGUGGUAAGCCUGGGCCUUUCCUGCUUUCUGGAUCUAGAGACAAGACCAUUAAGAUGUGGGACAUUAGUACUGGCAUGUGCCUUAUGACCCUCGUGGGCCAUGAUAACUGGGUACGUGGUGUCCUGUUCCACUCUGGUGGUAAAUUUAUUUUGAGCUGUGCCGAUGACAAGACCUUACGUGUCUGGGACUACAAGAACAAAAGAUGCAUGAAGACUCUUAAUGCGCACGAACAUUUUGUUACCUCGUUGGAUUUCCACAAGACAGCGCCCUAUGUGGUCACCGGCAGCGUAGAUCAAACAGUAAAAGUGUGGGAGUGCCGUUGAUUGGAUUUACAUCUGACCCCUCCCCUCCCUGUCCCUCUGGAUGCACUCGGAUACCAUGGUUACCCAUUGAGCUCUGUUUAAAAUAAAUAUUGUCCUUUCAUGUAAAUUAUUCUGGAUGUAGAUUGAGCUUAUUAAAUGUUACACACAAAGUAUUCAUGCAUGGUGAAUCCAAAUUGUAUACUGUAAAUUUACAUACGUUGUCUAGAAGUACCAUAGGUUUAAGAAUUUGGGCUGGCAUUGGUCACAUCAGACCUAAGAAGGCAGAAGCUGGUUGGUUGAAUUAGGGGCACUUCAACUGGUGACAGCAAAAUCAUUCUGUACUGGAUAAGCUGAAUCCCCGACUCUACUGUUGGUGGUGCCUAUUUACUAAGUGACUCAUAACGGGGUUCUUUUGGGGGGGGCGGGAGGGUUAUUUCAGAAACACGUAUCUCUGUAACAUCACUUAAGUAUGCUUAAGAAAUCUAAAGAUACUAGAUUUAAAACAAAGCUGCAACUUAGAAUCUUAAAUGUAAUUAAUGGAAACAAAUAAAAUUUCUUCGUUUUUUUCCCCUGUCAUGGUAUUUGCCAAAUCAAUAGGAUAUAUUUCUGUUUUGGUUUCCUAUCACAUUUAAACAAGAAAAAAAAAGCAAAAAGUUAGUAUGUUCAUACUACCAAGCUGCAAAAUAGGAAGAGAACCUUGGUAUGAUGUGUGUGUACUCCUCCCACCCCCAAAUUUGGUUGUCAGCAUCCUUGCGUUCUAACAUUUGACGCUUCACGCAAAACCUGUUGUAGGAGUCUGCUAGUCUUGCUCUUCGUUAGCUAUCACUUGGAGCAGUUAGAGGUGAAUCUUCCCCCAGUUGACUCCUGAGGGUUCAGCCAUGCUGUCUCUCGGUUGGUUUUGAUUAUGGUUUCAGGUUUGUGCAACACCAACAGUAGGGAAAAGCCAUCACCUCUCUUCCCCCUCUUCCAGCCGCCCCCCCCAAAGCUGCUGGAUGUUUAUUAAGUGGGACAGUUCUGCACUCCUUUCCUUUUCCAGCUAGUAACUCCUCAAAGCAAGCAGUCCCAGAUUUCCGAAUGUUUUGUGGAGAACGUAGCAAGCUCUUAGAGUACUACAAAAAUUCCUGUUACAGCAAAUGAAGAAGAGUUAUAUGCUGAUUGAUACCUUGCAAGUUUCUAGAUUAGUGUUUCUCAACCUUAGCCAUUUUAAGAUGAGUGGACUUCAACUCCCAGAAUUCCCAGUCAUCUUAAAGCGACUAAGGUUGACACUGUUCUCAAUAAUUUCAUAACCACGUUUUGUUCCUUAAUGCCACCCCCCCCCCAACCUAUUCUUAAGGAAAUGCAGGCUGCAGUCCUAUUUCAAUGUGGAAAAUUCGAAGAAAAGUCUUAAAUUAUCCCUAAUGCCGAUCAUCUCCUAAUAAAUGUAUUUACCCCAUUUGUCAGCACCAUAAAAUCUAAUCUUAAUUAAUCAGGCAUAUCUUUUUCUACCCCCAAAUCCAGAUGAAUGUAGCAAGCUGCCAAUCAGACCUAUUUUAAGAGAAAAGGGUUAUUUGCUUUUAUUUGUUCUAUGACUUAUUUAACAAACAAACAAAAAGCAAAAAGUCUCCUUGUAAAAAAAACAAGUAACAGAAACACAUUUUGGGAGGAUUGAAAUGCAUGCCAAGAGAAAGAAGAUUCCAUCACAAACAUUGGUUCACCCCACUGAUAGUGUGUGUGUGUGUGUGUGUGUGUGUGUGUGUGUGUGUGUGUGUGUGUGUGUGUGUGUUGAGGGUAUUUGGGUUUCUUAUCCAGGAACUAGGAGACCAAAGGUAGUUUGAGAGUAGAGGCUGGACGUGAUCCUGUCAUGUUGUGGUCAGUAAGAACUUCCUGCUCUAGUAGACCUUGGAUAUUGGAGAUUUUCUACUUUAAAGCAAUGACUAUUUGGUUUUUUUUUAAACAUGUAAACAGUUCCUGCUAACAGAUGAAAAAUAUUUCUUGGCCAGAUGUAGUGACUCUAAUGAUUUUUUUUUUUUAAAGUGGAAGUAAAUAUAUUAGCAUAAUCAGUAAAACAAGGGUACCUUACUAAUGGGAGCUUACCACUGUUGCUUUUUUCUACUGAAACAGCAAGCAGCGAUUGAAGCAAAAUGUUUUUCUUCAAUUAAUUUGGGGAGAAAGGCCCUUGCAAAUUUGCCCCUUAAUAGUCCAUCGUCAGUAAGCGUUCUCAGGGAUGGUUGUGGGUUUAACUAGUUAACUAGCCCCGUUUUCAACACAAAACCAAAUGGGAAAAAAGUUCACCGUUGAAGCAUUUGGUCAUUCAAGCAUGGGCAAAAUGGCUACAAAGCGCCAGAUUUCUCUAUGGACGGGUCUGUCUGUCUGUUGAAUUGCAGGCAGUUUUUCCUUGAACUAUUCCAGAACUGCAAGAGCUGAGACUGCCCCGGAAAUGUCCUAGAUCCUUCUUUUUUUUUUUUUUUGGUUCUUUCACCUGAAAAAAGUGCAAACUUUUUUUUUUCCUCCUUUGGUGAUUGGAACAUAAUCCAAAAACUUAAGUCAGGGUGUCCAACCUUCGCAACCUUUAAGACCUGUGGACUUCAAUUCCCAGAAUUCCCUAGCCAACCUAUUUCUUGGCCAGAUGGCUGGCUGGGGGAAUCUGGCAUCAAAGCCACAGGUCUUAAAAGUUGCCAAGGUUGGACACCCCGACUCAAGUCUUGGAGCAAUCUGCACUUUACACUUUUUUUUUGUUUGAAAAGCCGUCCUACUUUUGUGUGUGGUGUGACCAAUGAUGUGCCCAGAGCACUAAUAAUGAAACAUUUAAAAAAAAAAACCCACAAAAUACUAGUUGCUAGCAAGUUGUCAAGAGCUGUGGAGCACUGUAGUAUUUUGAAAGCUUUGGCGGUUGCUUCACUGCCCCUUACCCUGAUCCCCAAAACCCCUUCCCAGGUCUGUUCUGUCUGCUGCUCUUUCUGUUUGCCUCUUACCUUUCUUUCUGUCAGUCGAAGAGUUGGUCAAAUCGUUCUUAAAUGGCCUUUUCUCGUUCCCUCCCUCUUUGCCUAUUCCCCUGACUCCACAACCCGAUCCAUUGAAAGCUAUUUAAAAUGAUAAUAUUUUGUGCUGGGUUUCACUCACAGUUGUGGCUUGAAAAUCCUGAAAUGCAGUUUGGAAUGUAAAAUGGACCGAAUUUGGAGUGUGGACAGAACGACUUCUCCGUUUAUGAUUUCACAGUUAUGUAUUUUUAAAAAAUGCCCAAGGUACUAGCUACUACAAAUCUCUAUUAAUAAUGGUAUGUAAAGUUAGCAAAAGUGAUCGGGGAGGAAAUAGGAUAAAGCUGAUAAAUGUGGAACUGGAUUUCGCAAGUCACAGCUGGAUAUUAAGUCGGUUCCCCUUCCUUUUUUCCCCCCCCCCUCUGUCCUUGUAAAUUGCUUUCUUGUCCUAAGUAUCUCUUUUGAAUUUUCCCAAAGUUUUUUUCUGGAAGUAAUUAGCAAAAACUGUCCAUGUUUUAGAAGUUUGAGCCUGACACUGACAAGAAGACACGAGUCUUUUUUUUUUUUUAAAUCCAGUAAGAGCGAUGUAAAAAUCGCUAUUGGAGAACUUUUUUCCUCACCCCCAGAAUGUAGGAGUUAACUGAAGAUAUUGACACGAUUAAAAUUAAAAACAAAAAUCAGUAAAGGAAUGUAUAUAAUACUGCUCUGUGUUUUACAGUAAGAUUUGUUGCUCUCAGACUGUGUAAAACAAAAUUUAUUCAUGUUUUCUGCAUAUUAAAACAAAAAUCUUAUUGUACCAAUUGGUAAACUAUUAAAUGAAUAUAAAACUAAA